GUGAGUCAAAUGAAAGUGAGCCAAUGCGAAUAUAUGACAAACAGCAUACUUUGUUUAAAAGUAGUCUCCAUGACCAUUCAAACAUUUGUCCCACUGGCUAAUUUUAGAAUUUUAGAAAAUUUAGAAUGCUGAAGGGCAUUCUCAAAUUUUCAGUCUACCGAAAACCAGCCCACACGGGCCACUACCUUCACUUCCAAUUCGACCAUCCAGCGAACCACAAGGCGUCUGUUGUAAAUUCUUUAUUCAAAAGGCCUAAACUCAUUCCUCAUCGGAAUCGGAUCAAAAGGAAGAAAAAAGAAUGGUUCUCAACGAACUUAAGAGACAUGGUUACACAGAUGACUUCAUUCGAAAAACAACCCGGCAACAAAAAGGAAGAAACAAACUACGAGACCUUCAGCCGUUGACUUCUCCGCAACCUCAGAAACGAGUGCCCAUCCCAUACGUCAGAGAUACCAGCGAAGCGCACAAACCGAUAAACACUCUCAAUAUCCUCCUCCCUAAACCAAAAGAUUGUCCACCAAAAGAAAAAGCUCAAGGCAUCAUCUACAAAAUCAACUGUGCCGACUGUCUGUCGUUGUACAUCAGGGAAACCAAAAAUCUAAAAGAAAGGAUCAGACAACACGAGAACGACAUCAGAACAUUAAACCGUAUACGCAGCGCUGUCACCGAACACUCUGAAGACGCCGACCACAGAAUUGCUUUCCAGGAAACUCAAAUCAUUCAAACAGAGACAAUCGUGCAAAAAAGACUACUAUUGGAGUCAUGGCACAUUCAGAAUACGGAGGGUAACAUAAACCGCGUGAAGGGCAAUUUACCCUCGGAGUAUAUCCAUGGCCUUGGGGACAAGAUGAAAAGAAAAAAAGGAUGCCCAGCUAGGUGGAUUCCCGUCCGAGUUCACCAACACCAAAACGUCAGCGCUGCCCUGUAACCUCCCCUGCCUUUCCGCAAAGAAGAAGUAACAGAAUUGAAGGUUCAUCAUGCGACAAUUCGCUGCGCCGCAACAAUGUCUUUCUUUCUUUUUGUGGUGCUGGGGCACCAAAUGAAAGAAAAAAGCGAAGGAAAGCACGUUGGCCAGAAUUAAAUGCCUAUUUCGGGCACCUAUAAUGUGGCUACCGAAGGAAUAUCGAAGAAAAAUUGAGACGCUUUGCCCACAGAGAACCAUACACAUACUGCUCGGUAUACUACACCGGCGAGACGACUUUCCCGCCGGGUUGUGCUCAAGCGAGCGCGUUGCAAUAUGUCGAGUCCCCACAGUGAUGGCGGGGCCUACAGGGUUUGAAGAGCUACGUCGCCUUUUGAAGCAGGGCGCUGAUUUUUCUAAGGAAGUGGUCAGCAUAUUGCAGGAGCGGUCCGAGUUGGAAGCUGUGCAUGCUAAGAGUUUAGCAAAGCUCUCUCAGCGCCUUGCCAGGGCAGCCAGGGAUGCCAUUGGCACAAGUGCCACAGCUUGGCAGGAAGUGGCCACACAGUUGGAACGGGAGGCCCAGCUUCACAGGCCAUACUGGUGCAGAGGUCUGUCGCGGGGCCUGUCGGAGGGAGUGUGUGCACCUCUACGAGCCUCCUGCGAGGCCCAGGCAGGACGGCGCAAGGCUCUCGAGGCAGCCGUGGAGCGCCGUGCACGCGCCGUGCGGGAACGUCGUGCCCUUCAGGAUCGGACCAAGCGCCACGCCUACCAUUGUGCCCGGAUCAAUGAGCAGGCCCAAGGGCGGGUACUCGAACCCCGCUCGCAUCGGGGCAUGCGCCUCCUCACUGAUAGAGACCUCCACAAGCUGGAGAGCAAGCGGCGCAAGGCGGAGAAUGCUCUGACCAAGGCCGAGAGCGAAUAUUACGGCGCGUGCAUGUCAGCUGAGCAGGCACGGCAGGAGUGGGAGACGCUGCUGUUCCAGACUGCCGGCUGGCUGCAGGCUCUGGAGCAGGAGCGCCUGGAGGCACUGCACACAGCAUUGUCACGAUAUGCCCAGCACUUAUUGCACAAAGCCCCACAAGCGCUGCAGUGUGCUGAGUGUGUGCAGGCACAGACAGCCCAUGUGGAUGCCAAGCAGGACAUUGAGGAGGCCGUGCGCCUUAGAGCCACUGCACCCAAUGUGCCUGAGCAGUUGCUACCAGAUUUCUAUGCGGAGGAUCUGUCAAGUCCCAUGCAGCCCCAGAGGCGCAAAGAGGCCCUUGAGAGGCUGCUGCAGCUGCUACAAAAAGACCUUGACACAGAGCGGCGGGGAAAACAAGGUGUGGAGUCUUUAGCCCAGGCUUUCAGGGAAUCUCCUCGCUUUGGUGAUGAGGAGGCCCAGCUACGUGUCCAAGAGAAGCUCCAACAGCUGCGGCAAAGCCUGGCAUUUUUGGAGGCAUCGCGCCACAAGGUGCAGUGCUGUCUGGCAGGUCUGGAGGGUCAACCAAGGCCACCACAUCCACUGGCUCCACAUUUAGAGCAGCGCAGGGACCGACAGGGUUUGGCGCAGACUGUGCUUAAGAUUCCGCCCUGCCUACAGCGGCGUUCCUCAAGUGCCGAGGAGUGGGACCGUGGGGCAGCCGAUGGGGGUGCCGAAGUCCCCGUGUCCCUUGAGACUGAGCAGGAAGAAGAAGAGCAGCCAUAUGCUAAUGUGUUGCCCUCACAGUGCCGAGCGUUGUACGACUACCAGGCCACCAUGGAUGAUGAGCUCAGCCUGUGCUCAGGUGACCUGGUGACAGUGCAUAGCCGUGCUGAAGAUGGCUGGUGGCACGGCGAGAAAGAUGGCCACUGGGGCGUCUUUCCCGCCAGCUAUGUCCAGGAGCUUGGUCCAAAGCCCGGAUAGAGAGUCAACGACAUCUUUUGAUGGACCACUGAAACAUUUGGUGCCACAUGGAGCUGUAUCUUUAUUUCCUCUCUUAUUGCAAUGCUGCUCAAGCAGACGUCAUGAAAGGCACUUGUGAGCAGGUGCACUUAUGUCACUGUGGAAUUCACUCUGAAAGAUGCUUGACCCUACAGACAAGCAUUGCAUAAGUGCUGACAAAAACUGUAUGGUUCUAACCCAGUGUGUUCUUCACGAGAACUGAAGAUAUCGGUGUUCCACGAGAGUGUUGAUCCAGGCAAAUAUGUUUGUCUCGAACAGCAUGUCAGCCAGGCUUUACAACCCUGAUGUUUUCCCUCAGUGGCCACUGCACAACCUACAGUGCGAGUUACUCCAUGCUGCUCAUCAGCAGCAGAGCUAGACUUGUAAGCGGCAGAUCCUCUUUCUUGUGUGUCUUCCAGUCAUCCUUUAGUACCAUGACUGAGUUCAAUAACUCACAAGUGACAGAGUGGAAAGAUGGGCCCUGAUGACCACAGACAUGUAAAAUACACUUUUCACCACCAAUGCUGCAGUUGGCCAUUUUUGGGCUAGCUGCAUGUUUGACAAGAUAUAUCUAAGUCCGUUUUUGUGGAAUUUAGAGCUUGUAUCAUAAUGUGGAGAAAUUAAAGACUGUCUCAUGGUGUUGGGGCCAAAGUGG